AUGUCUGGAAAUGGGGAGAGAAAGUGCGACAAUUGUUUCCAAGCAGCUCUUUCAUGUCAAGAGAAGCGUUAUUACGUACGAUUUCUGUAUCGACAUUCCUCUCGUGGUAGUGUCUGCCCAAACUCCAAAACCGUUGUUACUCUCAAUUUGUCCGCUGAUAAACCUCCAGGAAAAAGGGAAACCCCAGCGGUCCGCCAGAAGGACGGCUUCAGGAACAACAAGCAGAGCGGAGCUACACGGAUGGUCGUGGGACGGAGCGUUGAACUAAGUCAAGCUAGAUAUGUCGGUUCCUUGCACGACUCGAAGCGAAACCUACUUUCACUCACACUAGUCGUAGUCGACAGCGACCAACGUUGCACACAUCGAUGGCUUGCAGUUUGCAGUUCGAGAACCCCACAUCCUGCUUGUCAUCCACAUUCCCGCAACACUAGGCCAAGCACCGACCUCGGCACGAACCCUGUAUGGCAUAGUAGCCAAAGUAUGUUCCUCCUUCCGCGUCAGCUGGACUAG